AUGGCACCCAGGCCGGCCAGGCCCAGCAGAUCCAACAGACAUUCCGUCCGCUCCACCACCCUAGCCCCGGAAGAGGUCCUGUUCCGCCGCAAAUCUGCACCCGAGCGAUUUGCUGAGUUUGACGUCUACAUGGCGCAUGAGCGAAAUCUACCCGAUGGUGGCCGCGAGUCCUUGCCGGAUAGUGAUCUUGUCAAAGCCGUGCACUCCUAUGCCAGCCAUUUCUAUUUCGACCAGAAGCGCAGCGCAGACUUCCAAGUUGGGACACGGAACAUUGAUGAGCGAAGCAUGGAUGAAACUGCCUUGCUCGCUUUUGGCAUACUCCUUGAGGAGGCCGGCAGAGAGAUUUUGGGAACUAAGGGAGACAUGGUGUUCACUGAAGGCCUUGACAUUUCCUCAGACGCCGAGCCAGCACCAGAAGCACACCCUAUGGCUGCCAAUGGCCUAGUCCAUUCUGUGAGCGACAGUUCCGUUCGUCCACCCGUGUCAGUUGGAUUCACCGACCUUGGGUCCUGGAAAAGGCCCCAGAAGAGGCGCAAAAUGACCGAUCUCGAAGACGCCUGA